AUGGUUUCCCAGAAGCAGGACCGAUUUGAGGGAGGAGACAAUCGCCGCUUCAAAACCUCCGAGGUCUCUCGGGAAGAGGGAUUAGGAAUUUUUGAGAAGGCAACAAUUACAGAGCAAAGCACAUCUGACAAAUUGGCCCUCCCAGAGACCCUCCAGCAUGCCAACCCCAACCCCGCAAAAAACUUCUCCCGAAACCGCAAAUACUCUCAAACCCACCAUGUAAAACAGCCGAAGGGGGGCCGGUGGCUGGCCCGGGCCGCCCAGGGCUUCUUGGACGCCUUCCUGCGGGAGUUCCCGGGCCCUUUGCCCCCGGAGGCAGCGCUGCCCUGGAAGGUGCCGGCAGUGCCCCUGAGCCAGGAGGAGGUGGAGGGCGAGCUGAGCGAGCUGGCCCUGGGCCUCUUCACCAGCAGGACCGCGCCGCUGCCCCUGGCAUGCUCCCUCACCCACGAGGCCGUGGCCCAGCUCCCGCAGCAGGACCUGGCUGUGUUCAGGCGCUUGCCCAGCCAGGAGAAGGUGGAGCAGGAGGACGAGGAGGAGGAGGAGGAGGAGGAGGAGGAGGAAGAAGGGGUCUUGCUGGAUGCAGAGAGCCUGCAGCGAUGCUUCUUCAACAAGCUUUGGGAGAUUUGCAGCCGGAGGCAGAAGCAGAUGCCGGUCCUGUCCACGUGCCCUUCUUGUCCCUGGCUGACCUCCGUCCACGCCAUCCGAAACACCCGCCGUAAGAUGGAGGACCGGCACGUCGUGCUUCCCGCCUUCAACCAGCUCUUUGGCUUCUGUGACCAGGUGGAUCGGGCCUACUUUGCCGUCUUUGAUGGGCACGGAGGAGUCGACGCCGCCAGCUAUGCUGCAGUCCACUUGCACGUCAACGUGGCCCGGCAUCCGGAGGUGACCAGAGACCCCGCGGCGGCCCUGAGGGCAGCAUUUAAGCAGACAGACGAGAUGUUCCUCCGGAAAGCCAGGCGGGAGAAGCUGCACAGUGGUACCACUGGGGUCUGCGCCUUCCUUGUGGGCCGCACCAUCCACGUGGCCUGGCUUGGAGACUCCCAGGUCCUGCUGGUGCAGCAGGGGCGAGCCCUGGUGCUGAUGGAGCCCCACAAGCCGGAGCGCCAGGACGAGAAAGAGCGCAUAGAAGCUUUGGGCGGCUUUGUGUCCUACGUGGACUGCUGGCGGGUCAAUGGCACUCUGGCCGUUUCCCGAGCCAUCGGGGACGCCUUCCAGAAGCCUUAUGUGUGCAGCGAGGCCGAUGUGGCCUCCCACGAGCUCUCGGGCGCCGAGGACUACCUCCUCCUGGCCUGCGACGGCUUCUUCGACUCGGUCCCGCCGGAGGAGGUGGCCGGCCUGGUCCGCGGCCUCUUGCUACAGAACCCGGGGGGCGCCCCGCGCAUCGCGGAGGAGCUGGUGGCAGCCGCCCGGGAGCGGGGCUCGCGCGACAACAUCACCGUCCUGGUGGUCUUCCUCAGGGACCCCCAGGAGCUCCUCAGAGACUGAGCAUCAGGGGCGGCAGGACCCGCGGGCGGGAGGCUCGGCCUCUGCCUUCUUGGAGCUCCGGAGGGGGCGCCCCGAGAGCUCCUGCGGCCGGGCACCCCUCCCCCUGACUCCUGACCCCCGGCCUGACCCCUGACCCUUGCCCCCUCCUCACCUCAGGGGUUCCUUAGGAAAAGCGGGCCCGGCGGGGCCUGCUCCCUCUAGUGUUACUGACCCCUUCCCGAGGUCUCUGGCCAGGCCCCCCCACCCCCAGCCAUGGAAACGGCUCCCUCCCGUGCACUUAGGUCAGCGCCCCCCCAGGUGCCAGGAGAGAGCCGGCAGUCCCAGCCGCCAGCAGGAUUUACCAAAGAUCUCUGUGUGAAGCCCGGCUCCUGGGCCGGGGCCAGGCCGUCUUUCACAGACCAGACACACCAAAGACAAGGGGGCUGCCUAGGGCCCGCCUGGCCUCCUCAGCCGGGAGUAGGGGAGCAGGGGGAGAAAAAGGAAAGGGGAGCCCCUGCCCUCCCGGCCCCCUCAGCGACCCCUCCUGGGCGGCCUGGGUCCCCUAGGUUUCCCUGUUAACAGCCCCGAGUGCCAGGCCCAGCCAGGUCUCGUAUCCAGAGGGUGGCGCCAGCGCCCUGAGUUUGAUCCUGGGCAGAACCAUGGUGGGCAGUGUUACUUUGCAGGGUUUCUCAGGCCGCCCUUUGCCAGCCCCCAAGUGCCUUCAGCCUUCUCAGAGGGUCGCCAGGUGCAGUCUAAGGUGGGAAGGGGCAGUGUCCCACCCCCAAGGGAGGGUCCAUAUCCAGCCUUGGCGAGGACUCCAAAAUGGACGUGGGUGAUUUUACUGAACGAGAAGCCCCCCCCCCAAAUUUGGGGGGACCUGACCCAGGCAACCCGGGGGCCUUUUUAGAAAUGGCCGGAGCAGUCAGGCCGUGCUCACCCCCCUCACCCUCCUGGCUCAGCCCUUCCUCUGUGCCUUACUUUCCUGUCCUGUGAAAUGGGUGGGUUGGUAUAGGGGGUCCCAGAAGCCACCCACCAAGCAGAGGCCUCUUGUCCCAGAUCCCUCAGCAGUGGCCUUCCCACCUCCGGGGUGGAGGCUCCCACUCCCCUCCCCCAGAGGCUCCCGUCCUCCCCGGCCUCCCCUCCGAGGGUUUCUCUGGCUCCAGACCCAGCAGCCCAGGCCAAGGGGCCGCUCUGGCUUCUGCCUGGACUCGGCCCCCAGUUCCCAGGAUGUUAGACCAAGCUCAAGGUCACUGUGAAGACUGAAACCCUGGGGGCAGGCCGGGCUGGGCUGGGCCUCUGGAAACAGUCUCCAGCUCUCCUGUGGGGAGGAGCACCCGUGCCCUGGGCUCGGAAGGAAGCCCUGGCAGGGAUGUGGGGCCCAGCGGAUGACCCCCGGCACCUCCAGAAGCAGGAGCUCGUCCCUCCGUGCCCUCUUCAGCCGGUGGGGGCCGUGAAGAUGCUGGAAGGGAGCCCCCUCCUCCCCCCAGCCUUGGGCAGAGGGGCUCCUGUGCUGGACCCUUGGCAUUCUGGGCCCUAAAGCAAGGCGGGAAUGACUGAGGGAGCGGCGCCCGAGAAGGAAGGCCUGCGGGGCCCGGCCGGCACCGAGCUUGCACCACCGUGGGCCUCUGGGUAUCCACAGACUGCUAGGGGCCCCUUCCUGUUCUCCCAUACGGGCCUCCUGGCAGGUU